AUGCCUUCGUAUUUGCUGAGACGUAGACUUCGACAUGUUCGCUCGAUAGGAAUCAAUAACGUAUCUGCAGCCAUUGAAACGAAGUCGGAAAAAGUGGUGGUGCCAUUCCCAGCAUGUUUCCUGGCAUUGCAAUCGAUGAAGGGUGAAGUUUUGUACGUCAGUGAGGUGCAGCGUGGUUUCAUAAACACCGUUCAGUUCAACGAGUUGCCGAGGCUCGAACACUCAAUCUCUCACAUAAUGCUGAGGAUUAUGGUUAAGGUACCUGAGCAAUGCGGCCUUGCAAGUGCCAUGAAACGAGAUAGUUGGCUUGUUUUACGGGAGUUCGAAGUGGAUUUCAAUAAAUUACAGAGCAUAGAUCUUGAGGAUCAACUGGAAGGCCACAAUGUACCAUUAUUCGAGAUGAAUGACGGAGUCUAUACACUGCAGUGCCAGCCUGUGGUGAAGGCUACAGCGAACGACGACGCAUACUUGCGACAUAGGCGCAACGCCUCACGAAAUCAGGUUCAGGAGUCGUUUUCGUAUAAUUCAGCGCUGAAGUUGAAUAUCAUGGUAAGUUACAAAGCACAGGUUUUGCGAGAAAUCCAGGAAACAUCGAAGAAGCUUGAAAAUGCUAUCGACUCUAAUGGGAAACACAGUCGUUGGCAGAUCGACUGUGUAAAGAGACAUCUCGCGGAUCUGAGGCAGUCAUUCACUACAAAGAACGCAUAUUUGCGACAGUUGGACGAGGAACUCAAGAGCAGCAUUGAUCAAUAUCACAAAACUUCGACUCCGUCUCCAGAUGGCCAAUCCCUUCAAGAGUACUACGGGAAUAACUAUCCCAAUUUGAUCAAGAUCAAGGACCGUGUAGACUCUUUAAAGCUGAAAAAACUGAGCCGGCUCAUCAGCAUUUUUCAAACCACUUGCCUGUUUCAGAAGGAGAUUGGUUUUAUAGAGCAUGAAAGUGCAUGCAUGGCAGGUGCUCCAUAUGAGAGGACGAAACUCAAAUUAGUAGACCAAGAACGCGUUCUGGCAAUAGCCUUGAGGUCGGACGCCGAAAGAAAUAUUAUCAACACAUGCUUGGGUUACUAUUUGCUUUUCAUCCAACUUACAGCAACGACAGUCUUCCAAAUUGCUUUGCCAUAUCGCAUGAAAUUUAAUGGAAGUACUUCCAUGGUUGGCAAUGGUUGUCUUUAUUUUAAUGAUAAUUCGUCAGCAAAACGUUCCGAGGCGCAGUUAGAUGCCAUCGAUUGCUUCAAUAAGAAUUUGAUCCAAGUUAUUCAGCGUUGGGAACACCAUGUUUUAACACGAGCUGGUGAUCAAAUGUCUCGGAUGGAGAGCCAUUGA